CCGCAAACGACCAGGGACUAAGUAAGGAGCGCAAGCUUCUUCCAGCUUAAGCUUCGUAGAAUACGUAUAAAUGGAUCCGGGGCCAUGCACCCCAGACGUGGAAGACCUUGGCCUCUACACCGGGUACCAGAACCACGGAGUCAAUUGAUACAGCGAGCGUGAUCGUCAAGAUGUUUGUAUCAACACUUGCGUAUACCGCUGCGCUUUUGGGUGUCACAGCAUUGGCUCGCCCCGCCCAGCGAAGCGCACCCAACCUCAAGUUCGAGAUUUCCCUUGACGAGGGCAUCAUCAAUGGCACAAGCGUGGACGGACACAUACAGCUGUUGCUUGCGCCUGCUGGCACGGAUCCGCUCGAAGAUACCGACGUCACAUCCUCGCCCAACUUCUUCUUCGGCCAGAAUGUCUACAGCUUCGGCACUGGAGCACCUGUCACGCUUUCUGGAGGAAACGGCGUUGACACCGAAAAGGGUGUUUACGGAUUUCCGAAUGUCAGCAUCAGCGAGGUCGUACCAGGAGAGUACAGUGUCCAGGCCUUUAUGAAUGUGUAUGAGACAGUCACCCGCGCCGACGGCUCGACAGUCAGUGUGCGAUUCCCCUGCGGAGAUGGUGCACCAGGCGUUGGAGGCUAUGGAACUCCCAUCACCUCGCUCGUCAACAUCACAGUCACUGGACAGGAACAAACCGUUAAGCUCGUUUUCAACAACGUCACAGAGUCUGAAGAGUUUACCGGAAGCGAGAUUGGAGGCUGCCAGCAGGGCAACUACGAAGAUACCGAGUAUCUCAAGUACGUCAAGAUUCGCAGCGACGUCCUGAGUGCUUGGUGGGGUCGCGACGUCUUUGUCGGAGCCAACGUCUUGCUUCCAUUCGGCUACGAUGCAAACAAUACCGAGAAACGCUAUCCUGUCGUCUACUCUCAGGGUCAUUGGCCCGGCGAGCAAGGAGCAUUUCGAUACCCUGCAUAUCUCCAAGGAGAGUUCGCGAGUGCAUGGGACAAUGGUACCAUUCCUGCCACCAACGUGUCUGAGGCUCGCGAAACUCCCAAAUUGAUCCUCGUCACCUUCCGCCACGAGAACGCCUUCUACGACGACUCUUACGCAGUCAACAGCGCCAACCUAGGCCCUUGGGGCGACGCCAUCAACGACGAACUCAUCCCUUACCUUGACACCACCUUCAACACCAUCCCCGAGCCCUACGCACGCAUCCAAGAAGGCGGAUCAACCGGCGGCUGGGAAUCCGCCGCCAACAUCAUCUUCCGCCCCGAUCUCUUCGGCGCCGCCUUCUCCUCCUACCCGGACUCCAUGGACUUCCACAAGCACCAAGACAUCGCGCUCUACACCAACAAAAACGCCUACGUCAACGACGACGGCACGCCCAUCGCCUCCAUCCGCGCCUUCGAGAACGGCACCGAAACCGUCCUCGCGACCGUGCAGCAGGAAAACCACUGGGAGCUCACCUUCGGCACGAACACGCGCUCCAUCGGCGGCCAAUGGGACGUCUGGAACGCCGUGUUCGGCGUGCAAGGCGUCAACGGGUACCCCCUCGUCCCCUGGGACAAGGUCUCCGGCGAGAUCUACCCGGGCGCAGUCGAGUACUGGAAGCACAUGGAUCUCGCGGACUACGUGACGUCGAACUGGGACAACGAGCUCAAUCUCGGUGAGGUGCUUAAGCAUCGUAUUUUCGUGUAUGUGGGCACCGAGGACGAUUACUUCCUCAAUGAGGGUGUUGCGCAGUUCCAGGGCCGUGUGGAGGCGAAGGGGGGGAGCGAUUGGGCGAAUUUCACCUACAUUGAGGGUAAGGGCCACGGUGGGAGGUAUAACCUCCUUGACCCUUGGGUGUACUUGGAGUUGCUCGAGACGUGGGUGCAGGACCAUUCGCCGGAGGGUAAGACGCCGCUCACUGCGUCGUUGACGGCACCCACUUCUCGGGGUAAUAAGUUCGAAGACGUGAUGGCGUACGGCGGGUUCCAAGCUGCUCUUGCGCGCCAGGCGCCCCCGGAAAUCAUCGAGGGCAAUAUUGCUACAUCUGGGAGGUGGGAUCCUGGUGUCGUUCUCCAAGCACAGUGGAUCGUGAAUGGGAAGCCAUUUGGCUACACUUUCUCCGUCGACCAGGAGUGCGGCGUUGCAUUCUCAGGCGCGAAGAGCGGCUGCAGCUUGCAGAUCUCCGUCACUGGUACCAAGCGUGGAUACGUGACUGAGACGAGAGUCAGCAAUAUCGUCACGAUAAGCUGAAAUCAAUCACAUUGAAGAUAGUGGUGUAGAAUCAAUAAUCAACUGUACAUAAAUACAUAUAAUAUAAUUA